CUUUAGAACGUUCAUUUCUCAACUCCUUUAAGGGUUAAAACCAGUUAAAACGAAAUAAAAGCUCAUUUUACCACAGCAACUGCUAGAUAAGGACACAAAGUAUUGCUGAGUGAAAGAUAAAUUUAAACCUACAUCAGACUACAACAUAAUAGGUGAUAUGAACUGAAGAUGCCUCGCACACAAAUCCACCCUGAGCCUUCUGAUCUAAGCAGUCAGGAAUCAAUUUGGUCUUCUGUGGUGCAGAGAAGCCAAUCAGACAUUCGCCUUCUGAGGGUGAUAAGACGCAUGGUUGGUCGUCGGGCGGACAGCUUUCGGGGGAAUGAAGAGGAGAUUGAAACAUCUGAGGAAAGCCAAUGUUCCUCCACCUCCUCUGGUUCUACUCUCGAGCCAGUGUGGGAGUUAGAGCCUACACCAAAGUAUCCACCUAAAACCGCUCCAGCUGAAGCCGUUCCACCUAAAGCCGUUCCACCUAAAGCUGCUCCAUGUAAAGCCAUUCUACCUAAGACCGUUUCACCUAAAGCUGUUCCAUGUAAAGCUGUUACACCUAAUGCUACUCCACGUAAAGGCGUUCCACUUGAAGCUGCUUCACCUAAAGCCACUCCACCUAAAGCUGAUCCAUCUAAGGCUGCUCUACAUAAAGUCGCUCCAUCUAAUGGUGCUCCACGUAAAGUCGUUCCACUUGAAGCUGCUCCACCUACACAGUCAAGACGACCUUAUGCUGGCACAAAUACAAAUAAUGAGAUAUGUGGAUGCCAGGUAAGAAAAGUUCAGCCCAAAGCGCAGAUUGUGCUGCUCUUCCCCGGACAUCCAGACCUUGGCUAUAGGCCCACCACGAUGAUCAGAUUCCCUGAAGUGUCACCUAUUCACAGGGCAUCCCAAGUUGCCCUUCCUCCGCUGUUGUCAACACAGUGUCAGCCAGCCCCAAGGACCCCUUGGAACCAGAGUCAAACACCAACACUGCAAGCACCUGGCCCUUCAGACACAGCCAUCACUAAUGCAACUGAAGUCUCUCCUGAAUCCCCACAUCCCCAGGUUGCAGAAAUAACAAGAAAGAUGGACAGAGCAAGCGACCUUAUGGACUUGAUUAUAGUCACCAGACAAAGAAAGCUGGCUGAAUUACAAAUCCUCGAUCUGGAUGUCAGAGGCCUUCCUGCCAAGAUAAAGCAGAUGAGGAGGGACCAUGACUACAUGAUCAAGGCAUGGGAAAGGGACAGGCUGCAGAGGGAAGCUGAUACAAUGCAGUUGGAUGGGGCCAAACCCGAGGGUGAGACCCUGGCAGGGGUGAGGGACGAGGUGAAGACUGAUGCUGCUGCUCUCCUGUUACAGCAAGGCUCAGAGUGCACCUCACUAAGCUGUUCCUCACCUGUCAUACUUCAUAAGCCAAAUCAAUCUGAAGCAAGCCAGUCGACCCAAGCCAAAUGUACAUUGACAAAUGUGAAGGAAAGGGAUCAUAAUAAAAGUGGUGCUGUUGCUUGCCCUCUGCCCAACGGUUGGAAGCAUGCAUCAAGACCCCCUCUUUUCUCUGGCCCUUGUUCUUCAAAGAAUGAAGGAAAAGAUGUCGCCGCUCAAUCUAGGUCCAGCGGUUUGAAGCGCACAUCUACAUUUAAUUUGUUGUCUCAAAACUCGUUGUGGUCCCAUGGAGGCCAGUCAGGCUCUGACUCUGAUAACUCCAACUGCUCCUCCUUCCAAGAGAAGUGUACAUUCCCCCACAAGUUAAUAUCUGUGCCAGACCUACCUCUCAGAGACCACUGUCAUGAACCACCCUCCACCCUGAUUUGUGCGACCAGUCUUGCAAUUGUGGCCAGGAGGAAUGGAACACAGUCACCACCAGCCAGAGCUUCUAUGAAUAAUAAAGAGGACAGUGUAGAGGAUGAGAUGACAGACAGCGAGAGUGAGGACAGCAACAUUGACCAGGAAGAGGCCACAGGAAACAAAGAUGACCCAACCCAGCGACUGAAGGAAUUACAGUACUUGGUACUGACAACGGAAAAGAAACUGGAAUUGGCGAAACAGCUGGAAAAAGAUACAAGGGCGUCUUACAAAAAGGAGAAAGACCAGCUGGCAUUGAAGAAAAAAAACUUCCAAAAAAAUAAAGAAUUAUUGCUGUCUGACCUGAAAAGGAGGACUAAGGAAGAACUGAAGGUGCUAGAGGUCGAAAUAGAACAAGGCCAGAAGAGGGUUGAUAAGGAGCUGAAACAAGAGACAGCCAACCUGAAAGCUCUCUUGAACCAGUAUAAAAAGGCCUUGAAAGAUGAAAAGAAGGAAAAGGAGAGGCAGAAGGUUCUGGAAAAGCAACAAAAGGAAGAGAAGCUCAAGCAGAAAAAAAUAAAGAAGGAAGAGGAGAAAAAACUUCAGAUGGAGGCCGAGGAGAGAAAAAUAAAAAAAAGCAUUGUUUGUUGAGAAACGGAAGAAAGAGAUAAGCAAAAUAUGGGAAAAGAGGGAGAAAGAGGAAAACAGGACAUUAAAGCUAAAGGCUAAAUGUGAAAAAAGAAGUCAGAAAAGCAACAGAAGAUGGACAAAAAGAAUAAACAAAGCUACUAAAAUCAAAAACAAAAUAACUGCAGGACCAGGACGUUUCUUCCGGCUUUUCCAACCCAGUUAUGGAAAGAAAGUGGAGAAAAUGCUGAAGGAGCAACAGGAUGAACAGCAGCUCUGGCAACAAAAUGCAAAGGACAACGAGCAGUGGCUUAAUGAGGAAAGGGUGAGGAAGAGGCAGGAGGUGGAGCGAGCGGAGGAGGAGAACAAGAGGCGCCUGGAGGAAAGGAGGAAAGCACAUGCUGCCGAGCAGGAGGCCAACGAAUGGGGCGGCAAGAUGCGGGUUGUGCUGUCAGCAGCGAGGAGCAGUGCAAGCCGCAUCAACAUACAGUUCUGAAAAAAGAGACGACAGGACACCAAGAAGGAGCAGAGGUGCAAAAGAAACAAGAAGGAACAGGAACUGCUGCUACCAAAAACACAGGAACUGUCAUCAUAAAACUCCUUGUAUGGUUUGUAUGAGAAGUAUCGGGACAUUGUCACCAAGGUAAGGCAGAUUUAGAUGUUAAUUUGCAUGGCAUGAUGCCAGGAGACCUUCUGCACUGUCAUGCUAUCCAGAGAUGAAGAGGCUAAUGAUCAGAGCCUAUGGAAUGCUAAUAUAAUUCAGAAAUUAGAGGUGAAUCACAGGUGGCAAUGCAAAACAGUGAGGUGACAGGCAAGCGCUCAAGAAGGUUAGUUAUGCUAAUCAAAGAAAUGUCUUCUCUCCAAGUAGACUCAAACUAACUGUGUCCUGACCACACAAACAUGAGUAUCAUACGAUAGAGGACGAGGAGAAAUAAUGGUGGAAGCAGAUCUCUCCGCUCCAGCGGGAACUCUCAACUAAAAGCUUCUCUCGAACACCGCUCCAUCCAUCUGCUGUCCCAGCACCAGCCCAAGGAGGAUGGGUUCCCCCAACAGCCUGGGUCCUCCCAAGGUUUCUUCCAGCUUCCAGCUGGGAGUUUUUCCUUGCCACCGUUGCCUAACUGCUUGCUUUUGGGGGCAUGAGGACAGUGUGAAUUUCUAUUUUAUAGAACACAAAAAUCGCCACAAUAAUAAAAACAAAAACAUUUA